AUGCACCGCCUCUUGACAGCUGCCGACGUUGAAAGCCGUCUACCGUCACUCCGUACCCUGCUUCAAUCACUUGUAAACGACGACCCGGCGGCAUCCUCCAUUGGCUUCCUAGCCCCACUCUCAGACGCAGAUGCAGACGAAUAUUGGAGGUCCGUCGCUGCAAAGCUAGAUACGGUGCCUCAAACAUGCUAUUUGUUUGUAGUCUGGGGCUCCGACGCUCUCGACAUCAUGGGAACCGUGCAGCUGCAACUCAUGCCCAAGGCCACACAUGCCCACAGAGCCGAGAUCGCAAAGCUGUUGGUUCGGCCCUCUGCCCAGCGGCGAGGGCUCGGCAGGAAGAUGAUGGACCACGUGGAGGACGUUGCACGAGGGUCUGACAUCCAGCUCCUCACCUUGGACACCAAGACGGAAACCCCAGCUCGGGCCUUCUACGAACGCACUGGCUGGACAGUUUGGGGGACAUGUCCUGAGUAUGCUGCCUUUGCCGAUGGUCGGUUAGGCAGCACGACGUUCUUCUACAAGAGCCUGAAAUGA